UCAGAUCAGGUCAGAUUAGGUUGCACCGAUGAAGUGAUGACAGUAUCAACCACGUAAUCCGAUAUAAACACCUCAAUGGAUUUAUGAAAAUUAAGUUAUAUUGAUAAGAAUUGUAAUAUACAAAUUAAUACAAAAUGUUUAAAAAAUUUAAAGAUAAACUUGCCGAAGAGAUGAAACAAUCGCCUGCCAGAUUGCAAGCGAGUAUGCAGCAAAUGGCGCAGGCAGUUAUAUCUCCAGCUCAGUCUAAUAGUUCCAUACAAGAAUUACCAAUGACAGUAGAAAGUAAUGACUUAACCAAAAAAACGGAUGACACUGUCAAGAAUAAUUCCAUAAAGAACACAUUUCAAAAUGUUGAACUUGUACCACCUUUAUCAAAUUCAGUAGAUGUAUCCAGAAGAUCAUCUGUGAACAGUGUAACCAGUGAUGUCACUUCUUUAUUUCCACUUUAUGAAAGCCCUAAGAAUUUAUAUCAUAUACAGUCUGAUAUAGAUCAAUCUGCCACUGAAGUAGAUGAUGACAUUAAUACACAACUUGAUAGAGUUACAAAAGAUCAAUUGUAUUUGGCAUAUAAAAAAGUUCAAGCAAAAUACCAUAAAUAUCGUGGACGAUAUACAGAUUUGGUAAAACAUUAUCAAGAUCUAGAACGAGUUAAAACAAAAUUAGAAUCUGUUUUGGUAGAAACACAAGAUAAUGUAUUAAGAAGAGUUGGAGAUUUAAAAGAACAAUGCCAAUUAGAACAACAAGCAAAAGCACAUUUAGAAGAAGUAUUAAGAAAUGAUAUUGAAGAAAAAAAUCAUAUUAUAGAUACAUUAAAUACAAAGAUUAAACUUCUUCAAGGAAACAUACCACCUACAGAAAACUUAAUGCUACUAGAUAGCGACGAAGGACAUAAUAGUACUGCUAAUGUUAUGGAACCAAAAAAAGAAUUAACUGACACUGCAGAUGAUAAUUCUAUAUUAGUAGCUGAAAAUACGCAACUUAAAAAUAAAUUGAUUAAAUUAGAAACAGUUGUAGUGAAGUAUAAGAAUACUUUAAAACGAGGUGAAAACUUAGUCAAAAAAUAUAAAGAAAUAUUGGAGGAAAAUAACAUAUUAAAACGUGAUUAUGAAGCUCUAAAAUCUUCUAGUUUAGAAAAUGCAGAAAUUUUGCAGAAAGAAUUAAGUAUAGCACGAGAUGAAGUUUCGAAUUUAACAGAACAAGUGAACACUUUAAAAAGGCGCGAAGAAGAAUCUGUAAUAUCUCUAGCUGAAAAUAAACUUUCAAUUCAUAGAGAACUUGAAGGUAAAGAGGAGCAAAUAAAACAGCUUCAAUUUGAUUUAAAACAUACAAUGGAAAAUAAAGAAAAUUUAACCGAAAUUGUUGAGAAGUAUAAAACAGAAUUAGAACAGUUAAAAAUACAAUAUAAUAUACAAAAUUUGGAUGCAGAUCAAAAGGAUAACAUUCAAGAUACAUUAAAAGGUUAUGCAGAAAGUAUAGAAAGUCAUAAUAUAUCAAAAGAAAGUGAUGCUGUAAAUGAAAAUGAAAUGUUGGACAAACUGAAACAUGAUUUAACAGAAAAGGAAGCAGAAUUACAGAAAGUAAAAGUAACUUUACAGGAAACCCAAACACUAUCUAAAGAAUAUCAAUGUGACACAGAAAAAUUCCAAAAUGAACUUUCAAACUUAAAGAUUAAAUAUGUAGAAUUAAAGAAAGAACAUGAUGCACAAAUAAUUAUUACAGAUGAAAGAAAAAAAGAAGCUGAAACAACUAUUGAAAAAUUGCAAAUGACAGUACAAAGCCUUGAUAAAGAAUUAGAAAAUAUGAGAUAUGCUUUGUCAGACAGAGAUCAAGUAUGUGAAACUUUCAAUUUGAAAAUACAAGAAUAUGCAUCAAUGUUGGAAAAAGCUAAUAACAAAUUAUCGGUACAAGAUCUAGAAAUAAAAAAACUUAAUGAUCAAUUAUCUAAUGAAAAUGAAAUAACUAAAUUACAAAAUACAAUAGGAAACAAGGAAGCAGAAUUAAUUGAUCUUCAUAAUAAAUUGAAAUAUUAUAAAGAUACAAUUAGUGAAUUAACUCAACAAGUAGAUAUAAAAAGUUCUAAAAUAGAUUUACUUAAUAAAGAAAAGAUAUCCUUUACAAAUAAACUCUUAUGUUUUAAAACAAAUACAGAAAAACUUAAAGAAGAUUGCACGUACUUAAGAAAUAAUGUUAACGAAAUAUUCCAAGAUCAUAACAAUAAGAUAAAUAGUUUAAACUUUUAUUUACAGGACAUUUUAAUGGAAAAAGAAAACAUUAAAAAAGAAGUAGAGAUUCUACAUACGAAAUUGAAAGCUUCUGAACAAAAAAUUAAUAAAUUGAUGGAAGUAGAAACAGAAUUAACAAAGAUUAAACAGCAAAAAACAGUUUUAGAGUGCGAGCUAAAAGAAUACAAGACGAAAGUAGAACAUAUGAAGAAACUGGAAGCUGAAAGCCAUAAUAAAUCGAACAUUGAAAUUAACAGAUUUAUAACUGAAAUUGAUAAUCUGAAUUUCAAAAUACAUGAUCUGCAGCAAAUGCAAGUUUUAAUAGAAAAGAAAAAAGAAAAUGAAAUAGGACAUUUAGAAAAAGGAAUGAUAGACUUGAAAAAGAAGUAUGAAGAUGCAACGAACGUAAUAAAAACAUUAGAGGAUAAGAAAUCAGAAUGUAAUUUGCUGCAAGAAGAAUUAGAACAUUUAAAAUCCAAGAUUUUAUUUUUACACAAUAAUAAUACUAAAAAUGAUAUUGAAAUGAAUGAACUUCAUGAGAAAAUAUUAAGAAAAGAAUCAGAAAUGGUUGAUUUACAAAUCAAACUUCAAGAUCAUGCAAAAUUAGUUGAAGAGUAUGCUAAAAAAAAUGCAGAAUUGGAGAAAAUUUAUCAAAAUACAAAUAAAGAUCACAUGGAAGAAACUAUGAAAUUAAAUAGUUCAAAUAAUAUCUUACAACAAAUGAUUGAUACAAAAGAUGCCCAAUUGAAUAAAUUAGAAGCGAUUAAAGAACAGCAAGACAAGAACUUACUAUAUAGUGAAAAAAAAAUACAAGAUUUAACUGUAGCACUUGACGAGUUUAGAACUGAAAAUCUAAAUAUGUCACAAACAAUAGAAACAUUAUCAAAAGAAAUAGAAGCAUUAAAAAAUGAAAAUCAUCAAUUAGAGACACUGAAAACUGAAAAUGAAUUAAUAAAUGCUGAAUUGGUACAAUUAAAGUCAAUUAGAGAUCAAAUUUGUGAAGAAAAUACAAAUUUAAACGUAAAACAAUCUGAACUUAUACAAUCUCAUGAAAAACUUAAUAAAAUGAAAGAAACAUUGAAUGAAAAAGUAUUAGAAUAUCAAAAAAAUAAAGAAGACCUUCUCUGUGAUAUAAAAGAAUUACAAAAAAAUAUUGACUCUUAUAAGCAAACAUUGAACGUGCAAAAUGAAGAGUUAAAAUGCAUAAAAAAUCAAUUGCAAGAAACGAAUACAAAAGUGGAUUCUCAAACCAAAAUAUUACAAGAACGUAAUAAAGAAUUGCAGAAAACAAAACAAGAAUUUGAAGAACAAACUCAACAAUUAUGUGAUAAAAGUACUGCAUUAGAUCUAGCUUUAAAAGAUAUGCAGUCAUUGCAAGAAGAAAAAAAUAUACUUUCUGACAAUGUAAUAAAACUAGAAGAGCAACUAACAGAUUUAAAAGCUAGAAACUUGAACAAAACUCCAUUUAAACAUAUUAAUGAAACGCUAACAACCUUUCAAUUGGAGAAACUAAAAAAUGGAGAACUUAUUUUGGAUGAACACCUUGCAAACUUGUCAGCUUCUACAGUUUUAAAACUGGAUGUUGAAAACAAGCAUUUAAUGGCAAGGAUAGAAAAUAUUAUGGAACAAGAAAAGUCAAAAUUGAAAUUAUUGGAAGUAAAAGAAGAAAAUUUGUUACAAGAAAAUGAAAAAUUAAAACUUUUAAGUACAAAUGAACUUGAGAAAAAAAUAAUAGAAAUAGAUACAUUAAAAACUACAAUGAAAGCAAAAGAAGAAGAAAUUAACGAAUUAAAAUUACAAAUAGAAUCAUUAACUGAUUUGAAAGAUAAACUUGAUAGCAAAUUACAAACAACAGAUAAUAAAACGGUAGAACAAAAUCUCGUAGAAGAAAGUAAUAGAUUACAAGAAGAAAACAAAAAACUAGAAGCUGAUUUAGAUGAAGCAAUAAUAACAUUUCAUGCUAAAGAAUCACAAAUGUAUAUGAUCAAUAAUCAAUUAAAAAAUCAAACUGAUCAAUUAAAAGAAGAAUUAAAAAUGCAUGAAGAAGAACAAAAUAUCAGAUUAAAACAAUUAGUCAAAGAAUUUCAAGCUCAACUACAAGAUAAAGAAGAGGAAUUACAGUCAGCACUGGAAAAACGAUUUGAUUAUCAACAAAGUUAUGAAUCCAAUCUUUUACAACAAUACAAAGAGCAAUUAAAAGAUUUUCAAGUUGAAUUAACAACAAAAUCAGAACAACUUGAAAAUCUUAUUUUGGAGAAUAAAAAGUUGACAACAGAAAAAGAAAAUGAGAUAAAAGUUUUAACAGAAAAUAUUGCAUCUAUUAGGAAAGAACAUGUAAAUGAGCUCAGAGAAAUUGAACAAAAGUGGAAAACUAUUUUACAACAAAGAAGUGACAGAUUAGAGGCUAAACAUGAAGAAGAAAUCAAAGAAUUGACAAGAGAAUGGAAAAAUGAAAGAAAGCUUGACACAAAAAUUGACACAGCAACAGAGGAAUUGGAAAAUACUUCUUGUAUAGCAAUGGCUGCAAUACAGUCAAAUACUGGUUCAUUCCAUACAUUUCAACAAACAUUGGCAUCACAAAGUCGUGAAUUGGCUGAACUCAGGAAAUUAGUAAAAUUAAGGCAUGAAACUUUAGAAGACUCAACAGAAAUAGAAUAUCUUAGAAAUAUUUUAUAUGAAUAUAUGAUGGGAAAAGAAACAAUGGUGCUUGCUAAAGUAAUUGCUGCAGUUGUAAAAUUUGAUCAAGAACAAACAGCAAAAAUACUUAAAAAAGAAGAAGACAAAUUAACACUGCUUGGAUCACUUGGCCUUACAUAGAAUACAAUAAUGUAAGAUGACUAAAAAUAUAUAA